UAGCCUGAUUGAUUCAUAAUGUGGCUGGACAGAAAUCAUUAUACCACUUCACCAUUCUUCAACUGCCUGAUACUGCUGUGCCUAUGUUCCAGUAUCCAAGGUUUCUCCCUGUCUUCCUCUCCAUCAUCUGAGGAUGGUAUCAUAUCAGUCUGUCCUGCCACCACUGUCACCCUCACAUGUACUGCCAGUGAACAGACGUUUCUGACAUGGAGACAAGUCACUCCAAUCUACACAUUCUUUGCCGAUGAUUAUGAGACUGAGGAGACCAGAACAGUUCAGAGAAAUCCGUACACUCUGACUCUAGUGUCGGUAGAUAAUGCCAAUGGAUCUGUUGUUGACUUCACCUCUACUCUGGAGGUGAUGGAGGGUGAUAUAAGCAAUGGAACCAGUAUCACUUGUCAGGUUUUAGAUGAUGAAGACCACCUCACCAUCAUAAAAACAAGUACACCAUCUCCUCCAUCUAAUAUGAUAGCGAGGACAGAGAAUUUUCCAACCUGACAACUUCUUCAUCAUCAUCUCCUGGGAGUCAGGAGAAGAUGAAGUGGUUGAUGAGUACAGAACACUGACCAACACCACUACACAGUCCAUCACCACUACCAAUACAACUGUAGUUCUAGAGGGAGUGUACAACAUUCCUCUAGAAACCAGAGUCACAGCCAUCAACUGUGCAGGCACUAGCGCAGAGGUCACCGAGGAAGUCUUUGUUGCUGGCUGUGGUCCUCCCAGUCCACCAGUGAAUGGUAGUGUUGGUGAGUUGACCAGUUCCAGAGUAGGAGCGCAGGUCACCUACUCCUGUGACACCCACCUGGUUCUGGUGGGAGAGACUGUGGCCACAUGCUCUCUCCCUUCUCUAACAUGGCUGCCUAGUAGUGAUGAUGUCAUCUGUGCACAACCACCAGUUGUAUCAAACAGCUCAAGUAUAGUGACCAACAAAACACCAGUGGUAACAGUUACACCGACCAAGCAACCAAUGAAUGGUGAUAAAAGAGGGAGUUCUCUAACUACAGCAGAAGCAGUGGUCACAACAGGAGUAGUGUGUGUAGUGUGUAGCUUCACUGCUGGACUGCUACUUGGUGUUCUACUGACUCAAUGUCGUGGU